AUGCCGAAAAACCGACCCGCCACGUCGGGAUACGCCCGUCUGGCUCAGGAAGAAGAAGAUAGAUCCCAUGAUGUGUACGACUAUUCAGAUGACGAUGAACUUAACCAACCCGCCGACACGAUAUCCGAAUCCGCCCCCCGAUAUGCGCCAAUCUCAUCCCGAUCCCAGAUGCAGGCCUCGUCGCUCGCCUCCCCCCCCGAACCUCGACGAAGACCCAGCGGACAUUACCGACGAGGCCGGAGAAACUCCGGCGUAGACAUCAAGGCCAUCAAUGCGCGCCUGGAGCGGUGGGCCGAGGAAAUCGCCUCGAAGUUCAAGAUCAACAAGGUCAAAGGGAAGACUUUGGAGGAGGAGAAAUUGGAGAUCUACCAUUCCGUCUUCCAGGCCCCCGACGGGGUCCGGCCCGUCACCGCCGAAACGCUGGAGUCGGACGAAGUGGAAGGGGCGCAACGUCGGGCCCGUGACGAAUUCGAGGAAGUGGUGGAGGGCGUCCGCAUUGCCAUUGAGAUGGGCGUUCACCCUCGCAUGAUCUCGCAAGGUAGCUCCGGCAGUUACUUUGCGCGCAAUGCCGAUGGAAAGGUCGUGGGUGUGUUCAAACCCAAAGACGAGGAACCUUACGCAUCCCGCAAUCCUAAAUGGACUAAGUGGAUUCACCGGAAUCUUUUCCCUUGCUUUUUCGGGCGUGCCUGCUUGAUCCCCAAUCUGUCUUAUGUCUCCGAAGCGGCCGCUUAUGUUCUCGACUCGCGCCUACGCACCAACCUCGUUCCGUACACCGAUAUCGUGUAUCUAUCUUCGAAAUCAUUCUACUACGACUUCUGGGAUCGGAGAAAGGCAUGGAUGGGCAAGAAACCGCUCCCACACAAGGCAGGUAGUUUCCAGGUUUUCUUAAAGGGUUACAAGGAUGCAAACCUGUUCCUGCGUGAUCACCCCUGGCCGGAUCAGGCGAAUACUGGAUUCCGCGCAGAGGACGCGCCCAAACGCAAGAAGCGCCCUUGGAAUGAAGCUUGCCGACCUUCCGGUGUUCAUUCAGACGACGAGGAGGAAGAUGAGGAGGUGCAUGUUCCCGGCCAAGCUCCCUCGCCCCGGGAGGAGAGCCGCGAGCGACGGUUCUACUGGACCGAAGGUCUUAAACAAUCUUUCAGGGAGGAGCUGGAGAAAUUGGUCAUUCUGGAUUACAUCAUGCGGAACACAGACCGUGGGCUAGACAAUUGGAUGAUCAAGAUCGAUUGGAACACGGAGGAAGUAUCCAUUGUGGCCGAUCCGCCGCAACCCAACGGGGCUCAGCAGGAGGACGACGAUCAUCUCCCUCCCGCACGACCGAUUUCAGUUAACUCUGACAAGCCAUCCACCGCUUCAUAUCCAUACAAGAGGCACGAGACAAUGGUUGCCGUCAGUCGGUCUGGAACCCCAUUGAACGCACAGGAGCCGCAGGCGUCCAUUCAGAUUGGAGCAAUUGAUAACAGUUUGUCAUGGCCAUGGAAACACCCGGAUGCCUGGCGAAGCUUUCCUUUCGGUUGGCUGUUUCUCCCUGUUUCUUUAAUAGGACAGCCCUUCUCCCAAAGAACGAGAGAUCACUUCCUCCCACUCCUCACGUCAACAGCCUGGUGGAGUGGAACGCAGAUGGCCCUCCGACGGGUGUUCUCGCAGGAUGACGACUUCAAGGAGAGUAUGUUCGCCAGGCAGAUCGCCGUGAUGAAGGGCCAAGCAUGGAAUGUUGUCGAGACAUUGAAGCACCCCGACCACGGUCCGUUGGAGCUCACCAGACGUACUCGAGUCUGUGUCUGGGACGAUUUAGUGGACGUUCCGGUUGCCAUUCCCCUUCGUGGACCAUCCACGGAGGCUCAACGACGCAAAGUCCGGGCCUACGACCGUUACGACCGUUAUGACCCCGACAACGAGGAAAUGGACAUUGGUGCGGCCAUGUCUCUGGGCACUGGUCCGGAGAAUGACCUUCUAGGAUUGGGAUCCUCCCCAAACGAACUCCCCAACCCCAACCGAUUCGAGCUUUCCCGGAGCCGUCACUCCCGUGACUUUGACAUGCCCCGGGCUCAGAAUGGCAGCCCUGCUACGCUAAACGACUAUGGCUUCGGCCGACGAAACAUCGACGACUUCGGCGACGAUCGAGGCUUGGAUCAGAGCUGGGCCACCCUCCCUCCUCGGCCGGGUAAGAAGCAUCAGAAGCAUAGUUCGGUGUCUUCGAACGGGCGCAGUGCAGCGCAUCUGAUUUGGAGUAGUGAUGACUUGGAAGGUGAUUUGGGAUAUGCAGCUGCCGAGGGAAUGGAAGGAAACCAACGCAAAGUCAUCGUGGAGCGAAUUGAAGCUGUCAAGAGCAAAAACCCUGUUUUCACCUGGUGCUAG